CGAAGGCGGCGUUAGUGGGGCUGGGGCGGCGGUGCUGCUCCUCCUCCUGCUGCUGCUGCUGCUGCCUGUGGGGUAAGUCGGCAGGAGGGCUGGACUUCGGGGAGACGCCUUGCGAUGGGGAGCUGCUCAUUUGCAUAUUUGCAUAUUGCUAUUAUUAUUGAUUGCCAUUAUUAUUAUUGUUAUUAUUAUUAUUUUUCCCUCCCCCCCAGGUCCGAGGGCGGGUUACAAUUAAAACACAGCAUUCCUAGGAAAGCAUAAUAUUGAAAACGGCUUAAAACAAACCAAAAGUAUCUAAUAAUAAUAAUAUAGGCGCAUAAAGAGGUUUAAUAUAAUAAUAAUAAUAAUAAUAAUAAUAAUAGGCUCCACCAUAUUGCACGUUUGUGGAAUAGGAUCCGUCAUGGCGUGGGACGUGUGUCACUUCUCCCCGAUUCAUUAGUGGCGUUUUUUUAAAAGGGCUCUCAAUACCUAAGAUCUUGUUUGUUGACAGAAGAGUCAGGAGAGGAGAGUCAGGGCAGGGAUUGGACUAGUGACAAACCUCGCCAACCAAAUCUUAACAGCAUGUGUGUAUUCUAUGUGCAGCAUAUCCAUACAGUGCAAUGCAGUGUGAAAUGAUGCAUAGUAAAUAAUGUGGAUAUAAUGUUGUGUUAUUAAUACGUAAUUAAAUGUCUAGAAACCCUACGGUUAAGGACAAUAAUUCCAUAUUGCCUGUUAGGGGCAGUUUUUAGGCAGGAGUCUCCCAGAAUUAUCUGGAGAUGGCAGUUUUUGAACCCGAUACCUUCUGUAUGUGAUGCGGGUGCUUGUAUCGCCAAGCCCCCACCCAGACACUGUGGGGACUUACCUCUGAGUAAAUGCACAUUUUGCACUACAAGGGUUGUAGUCAACUAAGUCCACCUCAGAGUAGACCUAUAGAAAGUAAUGGUCCUAACUUAGUCAUGUCCAUGAUGACUUCAGUGAGUCUACUCUGACGAAGAGCUAGCACUGAGUACCACCCUAAGAUUGUAAACUCCUUGGGGGCAGAGACCUAUUUGUUUCUUCCUAUAUAAUUUUGUAAGUCUUCAUUAUGUUGUUAGUGCUCUUCCCCAGGGCAUCAGUAUACAUCAUGAGUGUACAGCUCGCUGUAACCUUGACUUUUGGCAGGAGCUGAUGGGAGCUGGAGUGCAACAGCCUCUGGAGGGCUACAGGUUGCCUUACGGAAUUUUGUAGACAAAAAUAUGCAGGUUGUUGCCUUGAAGGAGCUUGUUAUUUAAAACAAUAGGGGAAGUAUUUAAGACAAUAGGGGAAGUAUUGAGAGAUAUGAGGAGCCAUAUGAGGGCGAGUCAUGAUCAAAGCUCAGUUACAGAUGGGGGUGGGUAUUAAAGGGUCGAGCCAAAAGCCAUGUGGGUAAAGAUUUUCUGAUGAUGGAUUUGAAAGGUGGGGAAAGCAGGCAUUGGCACAGCUGCAGCACAUGUUCAGGGACAUAACGUUCAUGUAAAAAAAUAUGCUGAGAUUCAGGUUUUACUAUGCGGGCUGUUUAGCUGUAAUAAUAAACAUUCACUCAUUCAGGGACAGAGUUUUAGCCAGCUGUAAGAGAGCAAAGGUGGUUCCAUUUAAUGCUUGACAAACAGAAGACCUUCAUUUGGCCUAGUAGGUGUUCAUGUGUGUCAAAUGAGAGAGGGAGGAGAGCUCAAAGUGUAAACACAGCAUAGUCCACAUACAAGAUGCUUUUAAUUCCUAUGGAUUUCCAUGGAAGAGUAUUCAGUGCAUCCUUAACUCUCUCACUUCAUCAAUGAAAAGGUACCACCCUAGAUUCCAGGCAUGAUUCCAUCCACCUUCACCCCACUGAAGGAGAGACAGGGGAAAGAUGCCUGCUGGACAUCAACUUUCCCCUUUUCCUUUUUGUACAGUGGAGCGGCUUCCACGGCUAUGUGCAUUUUGCUUACUCAGUUUAAGAACAUAGGCUGCUGGAUCAGGCCAGUGGCUUAUGUAGCCCAGCUUCGUGUUGUCACAGUGGUCAACCAGACGCUUCUGAGAAACCCACCAGCAGGAUUCGAGCACAAGAGCACUCCUCCCCUUCUUGUGGUUUCCAGCAACGGGUAUUCAGAAGCAUUAAAGUUAUAAGGUAAAGGGACCCCUGACCAUUAGGUCCAGUCUUGGCCGACUCUGGGGUUGCAGCGCUCAUCUCACUUUGUUGGCCGAGGGAGCCGGCGGACAGCUUCUGGGUCAUGUGGCCAGCAUGACUAAGCCGCUUCUGGCGAACCAGAGCAGCGCACGGAAACGCCGUUUACCUUCCCGCCAGAGUGGUACCUAUUUAUCUACUUGCACUUUGAGGUGCUUUCGAACUGCUAGGUUGGCAGGAGCAGGGACCGAGCAACAGGAGCUCACCCCGUCGCGGGGAUUCGAACUGCCGACCUUCUGAUCGGCUCUGUCCUGGGCUCUGUGGUUUAACCCACAGCACCACCCACGUCCCAUUCAGAAGCAUUACUGCCUCCCAAUUUGUGUGUUUAUGGCAGGAAACAAAAUGUGCUGCAUUUCAGACAUUACGAUGAACCUGCAUUUUUCUACGUGAGUAAUAGAUCAUGGCCUCAUUCCAAUGACUCAUCAUGCACCCUCCGUCACCAGCUAAACAGUGCUAGAGCUAAUCGUCCUCUUAGCACUGGCUCUGCAUCCAUCGAUCUGCUUGGAACAAAAGAUUUCACUCUCGAUUGUGCCACAGGGCAGCCUCUGAAUGCAUAAGAACAAGGCUGGGGGCAGGGAGAUCUGCGGGAGACAUGGAAGAAGGGGCAUGUAUAUCUGAUUCAGCCAAAUAUGAUAUAGUUUGCUGCCCUGCAAGGCUAUUUGGUCGGGAGGAAGAAAUGAACGCACUUCUAGGGGUGGAGUGAGGAAGAACAGAGGAAUCUGGAACAAUGAUCUUUUAGGGAACAGUUGCUCUUAGACAGAUAGGAAUCUGGUCUCCUGUUGGCAGCACAAAAUGGGAAGAAAAAUAUAGAUUAUUUGAAAACUCUGGAGUAGUGGCGGUUAGGGGCAGGGGAGAAGGGAGAGAACAGAGAUUCACUGAUGUCCUGCAAAUGUCCGUGGGGUGAUGAAGAAGGGGUCCCAAGAGAGGGGUACUAAGAAAGAACCUCUGAUUUGAUGAGAAAAGAGAUGGAGUGAAAUUUACAGGAAGCAUGCAAAGACAAAUUCAAGUUUUGCAUGGAAAUAUUACAGAUUGUACCUCCUUCAUUUUGUGGGCUUUUCCUCCCCCAUUUCCCCCUCUAUAGCUGUGGGGUGGGGGGGAGGGAGAGAGAGACUAUACACUGAAAAACUAAUUCAAGGAAAAAGAAGAUUGAGUCUGGUGCAUACAAGGAUAUCCCCCCCCCCCUUGCUUACAUUGUUCACUGCUCUUGGGGGAAAGAAAAGAGAUGUAAGGCUUUCCCCCUGCUGCCUUUGAAGCAGAGAUGACAAACAAGAUCAAACCCAGCAUCAGCCAGCACUCCUAAAGCACUUCCCCUCUUCGGAGUGCUCUGCUGACAUGACUUGUGGCGAGACCAAAUGCUCUCUCCAAGGCAACGCCCACCGAAGCCCGUGGAAUUACAGCGGGGGCCCAGACUUAGCAGAGGCUGCAUUCUCCACAUCAGGGUAGGUUUUUUAUUCCAAGACAAUGAAUAAUUUGUGGUAAUCUGAUGUUCUUCCAGCCUCCGGCUUUGUAAAGUAUAUAGUCUGUGAGUUGGUAUUGCCACUUCAUUUUGCAGGGGUUGGUGGAGUAAGUUGUGAUCAUAAGUUGAGUUCAGAGCAUUGAGCUUAUUGGAGAAAAUGUAGGCUAUAGAUGUAAUAAAAUUAAAUCCAUGAGGGAGAAGGCAUGAAGAUGCCCUUUUGGUAGUCAUGAUGUGUGAUGAUCAGGCAAACAUGUUUUUAAUGCAUAUUUGCAUUAUGUAAGCCUACCUGGGAAUGCCACAGUCUGUAAUCACUGUACUGGAGUGUGUGUGUGUGAAUGUGUGUGUGUGUGUGUGUGUGUGUGUAAAUGACAACAUUGGAUCCAGCCACUGCCACACCUACUACCAGCCAUGCCCACUGACGUAGGGCACCCACUCCUUGAGGCUAAAACAAUUGCCAGACCCUGCCGUAGCAGCUUCCCCACACUAUUUCAGUUUAUAGCCUUUCAGAAGCGUAGGAGUGGGCUGUGCAUUAAAACACAAUAAAACACAACAAAACUCAUAGAAAUUUCUCUGCUCUUUUCUAACUUGGCUGUGAUCCUCCUGAAAGGUCAUCCUUGAUUGUGAUCCUUUACUGCAAAUGUGAUCCUAGAUCUUGGUCUUUGUAAUCCUUAAAGGGAGGUCUAGUAACACUUCAGGGUGGCUUGGACUUCAGUGAGUCUCCAGGGGGGAAGGAAACCUGGAGGAAGCUACUGAUCAUAUUUCUCUUCUUCCCUUUGCAAACCUGAUACACCAGUAGGACCAUUAAGAGGUCAUCUUUUGCAGAGCUUGGAAAUGAGAACGGGGCCAUUGGAGAAGACAGUCUGUAAGGCAGAGUUGGGGAACCUGCAGCCCUCUAGAUGUUGCUGGAUUAUAGAACUCCUCCUCCUUGACCAUUGGCCAUAUUGGUUGAGGAGUGUGCUAUUGUGCUCCUGCCCUGCUUCUGGACUUCCCAUAGGCAUCUGGUUGGCCACUGUGAGUACAGGAUGCUGGACUGGUCAGACCUUUGAUCUGAUCCAGCAUAACUCGUCUUAUGAUGCCUUUCGAAGUCCAAAACAUCUUACAGACACAGGUUCACAAUCUCUUAUUUAAGGUAUGUUGGAUUGAAGCCAUUGGGGCAUAAUAGGUUGUCAGCAGUUCAUUGAAUUAUUCCCAGAAGAGAACAGUGAGCUUUUGUUAGGUGCGGUCAUUGAAAAGAGCAGGGUAGAAUUUAUAGCUAAGUUCUGUCUCCACUUUUGGAGGCGGUAUGCCUCUAAACAUCAGUUGCUGAGAUUUACAAGUAGGGAGAGGGCCAGCGGCGUAGCUAGUCACUCGGGUGCCCGGGGGCAGAAUGAAUCGCCCAUGGGGGCAGGACAAGCUACCCACUGGGCAGAGCAAGCCAGGACAGGGCUGUAGGGCAGCUGUGGGGGAGGCAGCAGGCAGAAGCAAGCCCCACGCUGCCAUUUCGGGCAGCAUGGAGCCUGCAGGCACCAGGACCGCUGCAUCACUCCCAGGAGAGAGGCAUGGCUUGGGUGCACUACACGACCCACGGUAAGUGCUGCCCCCCGCGGUGUGGCACCCAGUGCCCCCCCGUCCCCCCAACUAUGCCUCUGGAGAGCAUCCCUAUGUUGCACUCAGGUCCUGCUUGCUGGCUUUCCAGAAACUUCUGGUUGGCCUCUGUGAGAACAGGAUGCUGAACUGGAUGUUCUUAUCUAUAAAACAUUCCUUUUUAUCGAUAUCACUCAAGUCAUAUCUUCCAAAUAAAGGUAGCUGUUACGGUGCAGGGAUUGGAUUGUGCCGAGCGGCAUCUAAGAGGCCAAAGAUGUGGCAAAUAUUUAUGGUACCCAGCAUACAUACAGGGCAACUUCCAGCCCCUCACACACUACCUUGACUUCUCUGAGCUCACCCAGGUGACCUGUUUAUUGAGCAUUCAUUCUGAUUUUCUUGCACAAAGCUUGAUCUGUUUUAAUUACACAAGCCUAAAUUUACCAGUGCGCUCUUGAAUCUCUCCCCUACAUGAACCUGGGACCCUGCCCUAGUUAUCCCCCUCAAAUAUAGACAGAGCAAUUUCAGCAAUGCUUCCUCUUUUGGAAAUUCCCUCCGUGGGGACACUUGGCCAGCAUCAACGUUGUUUUCUUCAUUUAGGCACCAAGCAAACACCUUCCUUGUCCCUGUCCCCUCAAAAGCCGUUGGUAUUUCUAAUAGUGUGUUCCAAACUGUCCUUGGGAAUGCUUUACAUUUUUUAAAUUUUUAGAAUCUUCCAUGUUAAAUAUGUUUUCCUUCGGUGAGCCUCUUGAGAGCUUCCAAGCUGAAAAGUGGAAGAUCAGUUCUAUAAAUGAAAUUAGUGUGCUUCAGGGAAAAUGAAUGCACCAAUACUUCAUAAAAGUAACAGAGUACAGGAUUCUCCCUAUACAAUAUUGUGGCUAUCUUCAUGUUGCAUCUCUGGGGCAAAUACAUAAUUUGGGGGUAAGAAAGCUGGGAAUAUUAUUUGAUCGUGCCCGUGGAACUACUAUAGAACUCCCAACCUUGAAGCCCUCACAUCUGAUUUUCUGUUUGAACCGUGUUUUAUGAGUGAGGUCCAUAUCACUGUAGUCUUUAUUACCUUGAGCUUAAAUUCCUUUCUGUCUGAGUGUUCUCUCUCUCUCUCUCUCUCUCUCUCUCUCUCUCUCUCUCGUUUCUUUCACACAUACACACACAGUUCUUUUUCUAAAAUUGUGGCUCAUGAAUGAAAGCUUUCUCCAUUUCCACCAUAUAAGUAGAUGGGAAAGGGGAGGAGGCUUUGAAUACUUGGAGCAAAUACUAAUGUUUUGAGGUGCGAGCAUUGAAUUUUAAAGAACCAAUCCUUGCACAAGGGGGGGGGGAGACUAAAUGCCUUUGCUCCAACAUAUCGCUUAGCAACUUGGGAUUUUUAAACUCUGGGGUAGAUGGCAAGGAAGAGGGAUUCUAGAGAACCUGCUCAGAGAAACUGGGGGUUGAGCAAACACUCUUCCUCUCUCUUGCCGAACCUUCCACCCCCACAUUCUGCUCUCAUUAUGCAAACAGCGCUGCUCCACAGACAGCUACGUUUGCAUAUCUCCUGGCAGUAGUAUUUGGCAGAAUGAGAGUGUUUGGACAGGGAUGAGUGGUUAAGGAACAAUAAAAGGAAAAGGAGGUGUAUGGGUGAGAGGGAGCAAGAGGGAGCUGCCUAAAAGGUAAGAAACUUCACCCUUUUCCUCUUUGUUCCUCCUGCUAGGACCAGCAAGGCAGCAGCAAGCUGUGAGCUCCAGGCUGGCUAGCAAGCGUGGCUUGUUAGGAAACAGCGGACUGUGAUCCUUGGUUCAAAUGUAACGGGAAGCUUCUUGAUUUGUUUAUUCCGCUCAGACUGAGGAGAAGGGAAAUUGGAGCAACCGGGCAGAGUGUAGCACUGCUUAUUCUCAAAAAACCACUAUAAGCCAGAACAUCUGGCUUAACAUUACAUGCAAAGGUGGCCUACGUGUUCCCCUUCACCGGCUUUCUCUCUUGCUUCGGAUACAAUUUAAACUUACUCACUUGAACUUUUAAAUCCCUUCAUGAUCUUCUCUUUUUUAUCUGCCUUUGUAGUUAUUAAAUUCACCCUUGGUCGAGCUGUUUCUUAUGUCCCUGCUUCCUGUCCUGUCCUGUCUUCCUCAAAAUAUUCUGCAGACUUCUUUGUCUCACAAAUUAUUGAAAACUCAUCUUUUCCUUCUUGUGUUUUACCUAUCCAUGCACUGUUUCGCUUUUUAAAUUUCUUUCCUGUUCCUGGCCUGACUGUUGAAUAUUUUGCAUCCUUUCUCUUCCCCUCUUUUCCUACACUCUCCAACUUGUGGGGAGUUUCUCAUUUUGCUCCAGCUACCCUCUCCUCUAAUCUCAUGUGCUUUUAGAUUGCAAGCCAGGACUCGUUUUGCUUUGACUUCCGCACAGCGCCUGGCGUGUAUCUGGUGUUUGCAAUGCUGAUUUUUUCUCAACCUUCCCACAGCUUGCCUUUCAUCAUGAGUUCCGAGUUAAAUGUCCCCGUGGAUCCUCCCGCAUCCACUUGUUGCACUGAGCCGGCCGCUAAGGGCAUGGACUACCGAGACUGGGUGCGUCGCAGUUACCUCGAGCUGGUCACAUCCAACCAUCAUUCCGUCCAAGCCCUUUCAUGGCGGAAAUUGUACCUGAGCCGAGCCAAGUUGAAAGCUUCCAGCCGGACUUCUGCGUUACUCUCUGGAUUUGCUAUGGUAUGUUUUCACAGCAGCUUGUCUGCAAAAAUCUGCUCUGAUCUCUGAACCGUUUGGUCUGUAGCUUGCGGUUAAUAGCUAAUGCAAAUGUCCCAAUGCUGACCCAGGAUCAGAAGCAGCCUGAGGCAGAGACAAAACCUACAGCGUACAAAACCCCCUCCCCCCAUGCAUCUGCAAUCACACCAUGUGAAUAGCUGAGCAUGAGACUCUUAAUGCCAGGGUCUUGGGUUCGAGCCGCACAUGGGGCAGAAGAUUCCUGCAUUGCAGUGGGUUGGACUGGUUGAUCAUCAUGGUCCCUUGCGACUCUACAGUUCUAUGAUUCUAAGUGGUAAUUUGUUGGAAGAGUGUUGUCCUCCGCCCAGGAACAGUCCCGGGCAUUUCGAUGCUUGAAACAGAGCAACGGAUGGUAGCCCAGUCAAGGUCCGUAGUGCCUAAGCAUAGCUGUCAACUUUUCCCUUUUUUUAAAGGGAAAUUCCCUUAUUCCGAGUAGGAUUCCUCACAAGAAAAGGGAAAAGUUGACAGCUAUGUGCCUAAGGCUAGUCAGAUUUUUUAACAGCUGUGCUAGAAAAUCCCACCAACGCCUCUCCCAUUCCCUGUCCUGGCAGUAAAAAUAAAAAUGCUGUACAACAAUGGUAAAUAGCUAAUCAUUUGCUUCCCUUUAGUAUCACCCCAAAUCAGCCACCCUGAGUCUUGCUCUACCUAAUGGUAGGGCCAACUCUGAUUCCUGGUGCUCAUCUCCCCUGAAUGUAGAAAUAAAAACAGCUUGUCAGUUUCAUUUCUGUGCCUGAAAAAAUUGGCACAGCUCCAUGUGCCUUUUGGAUGGCUUCAGCUCACAUUAUGACACCAAGUGAGAGGGCUUUGAAAGGGGUUCAGACCUUAGUUGCCUUUGGCUGACUGGCAUUCAACACUCUUCUAAAAUGUCUGUGUGGGGGGUUGUUUUCAUUAUGUAUUUUAUGUUUUUUUAUUUUGUGAUCUUAUGUUGUGAAGCGCCCUGAGAUCUAUGGGUAGAGAACAGUAUACAAAUUUAAUAAGGUGGGGCGGUUCUGUCGAAACGGCUCUGAUCGGCCCCUUCCAUCUGGCACUAAUAGAUAACUGAGCAGGGCAUGGCCUCUUUCCCCUGCCACAGUCCUGAAGGGAAGGGAAGAUAAAAUGAAAUAUAAGCAUUAUAGGAGGCUUCUGUUCAGCUGUAGUAGCAUGGAACAGACAUCACUUUGUAUGUCAUGUUAUCUAAGAAUAUUAAGCCUUUUGUGAGCCUGCCCCCGUGGGCAUUUUGAGGGGGAGGCCCUGAGUGCCGUCUCAUGGUGCAGGUAGGACCAAAAGACAUGGAUGGCAAGAGAGAUGCUGCAGUGACCUGCAACCCCAGUGCCAUGUUUCUCGCCCUGCCUGAGAAUGUGCAAAGCUACACCUGCAGCAAGCGCAAGCCUUACCGGUAGAGAAGUUAGAUCAACUUGAGGCCUGCCAACGAGGAUGCCUUGGAGACGUCUAUGCCAGUGGCGUAGCGUGGGGGGUGCAGGGGGGGCCGGCCGCACCGGGUGCAACAUCUGGGGGGCGCGCGCUCGCACUCGCAGCUCUCUGCCCCCUGCUAAAAUCCACGGGUUAGGGGGCGCAAAUUACUUGCCUUGCCCCGGGUGCUGACAACCCACGCUACGCCACUCGUCUAUGCAGUGGAAACCCGAGGGUGUUGCUUGAGAUGUCCUGUUGUAAAAGCUCAGUGGUGGAGUCCACGAUUUGCAUGCGAAUGUCCUAGGUUCAAUCCCUGACAUCUCUAGGCAGAGUUGGGAAAGACCUGGAGAGCUGCUGCCAGUCAGUGCAGGCACUAUUGAGGUAGAUAGAUCAGGAGUCUGACUCAGUAUAAGGCAGUUUCCUAUGUUCUUUGGAGCCGGUAUGUGUGUGUAUUUUCAUGCAAAAAGGCACCGUAGCACAGACUAUUGCUAAUUUGUAUAUUGAAUUAACCUACUUAGAAAAUGUUUUCCCAGAGAGACCUGACCCAGAUGGUUUCUCGGUCUGGCACAAUUGUGGAGUAGUUUUCAGGACACCACCACUCCCACUUCAGGGAGCCUUUCUGUAUGUCUGCUGAGGCACCCUUGUGCCAACUCAGCAACCUGCAACAUGCAGGAAUGUUCUAGAGCGCGUGCUGAAUUCACACAAGGCGUUAGCCUGGACCUUGGGCUUCCUUGUAACAUUGUGUGAACUGAAAGCGCACUCUAGCGCAGAGGUGCACUGAGUUGGUCUGGUCUUGGUAACCUGUCAAAAUCUGUGCUUGCUAGCAACCUUGCCCCCUUAAAUUGAAAAAAAGAAAAGAAAAAAGCAUUGACUGGCUUUUGGGCAGCGGGGGAAAACGAGGGGGAAUUGAAUCGAGUAUCCUGUGCAAAGAGUCAUGUCACUUAUGGAAUAAAGGCGUCAUUCCAUAAAUUACCACACAUUGCAGGUGGUCAGUAGCCAUGUCCUUUCAGCAUUGCGUACAUAAUAAAUUUGCACCGGAUUGAAGAUAAAGUGUUGGAUUUUAUUAUGCCUGUGCAUUCAGUCCUCCCUGCAUGUGUGAAGUUAGUUUAUCCAUCAAAACUAGAUCCUAAAGUUGUGACAGUCAAGCUUCCAAAAGGUCUAUAUUUAAAGUCUUCCAGAAUUUCAUAAUUAUAAGGCUUGCCGCAGUCAUUAAACGAAUUAUACACUUUUUAUUACUAUUUGAAAGAUCCUGAGCAGCUUCCGCAUGGAAUGAAAAGAGGGUGAUCUUGGAAUCUAGAGGUGUGUUUUGCUUAGUGAUUAAAGCAGCUUCAUAAAACACUUUUCCCAAAAAGGAAAUGCCCUCAAGGGUGUAGCUGCCACAUAUGGGGAAAAAACCACCUGUGAACUUAAAUAAUGAUCAAGUCCCACUUAUAACAAAUAAUAAUAAAUAAAUACUCUUCCUCUGGACAUAGGCAUUCUAAAUAGUAACUGUUUAUAGAUUUAUUCCCUAUUAAUUUGUCCCCUUUUUAAAACCAUCUGAGCCAUCCCCACGUCCCAAGACAGUGAAGUCCAUGUUAGUUCAUGCAUUGCGUGAAUGGCAAUCGCUUGUGUGGAUUGUUCUUGUGGGUUAGCAGUUGUCACAGACUGGUUGGAUGCAAAGGAAUAGUGGGAGGAACCAGCUGAGGAACCUCCAAGGGAAGAAAGCUCAGAGCCCGGGGAUUGGUGGUGGGACUACAAUGUGUGGUCAGAGGAAGAAGACUGGGAAGAGGAGGUGUCGGAAGCUGAAGGGGUAACAGGGCCUAGUGAGCUGGGAGAGUCCGUGGUAGAGAGAUGUCCAGAAUCAGAGGCAGAAGUUGAAACAGGAGAGGAGGGAGGCCAAGAGGCAGAGAUGAGUCAGGCUGGUGACGAAUCACAGGUUUCUCCCUCUCCUGCUGUGACAAGCUCCCCUCCCCACUUGUCUCCCAGAACCAGAAGAGGCAUGAAAAGGGCGGAGGAGAGGUUGGCUGCACGCAGGCACAGUCUCCAAUUGCUUGGAGGGACUAUCAGUCUCAGCAACUGAUUCAUGAGGCAAGACCUACCGGGGAUGAGCUGCCAUGCUCAUCAGGCCUAACGCUCUGCCCAGUCUGUGCUAAUUGUGUUCUUGCUAUUAAAGAGCAACUUGACUGGUGUGAUUUACUUCCGACUGUCUCCUGGGUUUUGUAGAGGCAAGCAAACACUCACGGAUGUUGCUUUUCAGGUGGCGAUGGUGGAGGUCCAGCUGGAGAUGCAGUACCAGUACCCCCCAAUGUUGCUGAUUGCCUUCAGUGCCUGCACUACCAUCCUUGUGGCUGUCCACCUCUUCGCCCUGCUCAUCAGCACUUGCAUCCUCCCCAACGUGGAAGCCGUGAGCAACAUCCACAACCUGAACUCCAUCAGCGAGUCCCCCCACGAGCGCAUGCACCCCUACAUUGAGCUGGCCUGGGGCUUUUCCACUGUCCUGGGCAUCCUCCUCUUCCUCGCCGAGGUCGUCCUCCUGUGCUGGAUCAAGUUCCUGCCCGUGGACUCCGUGCUGAGAAACGGCACCGCCAUCGUCCAGAAGACCAGCCAGCACACAGGGUGGCAGGCAGCCCUCAUCUCCACCAUCAUCAUGGUCCCGGUGGGGAUCAUCUUUGUCGUCUUCACCAUCCAUUUCUACCGCUCCCUCGUCCGCCACAAAACCGAGCGCCACAACCGGGAGAUUGAAGAGCUCCACAAACUGAAAGUGCAGCUGGAUGGGCACGACCGGGGGCUGCAGGUUGUGUGAUGGCCAGGGGGUGCCUUUCUGUUUGCAGCUCUGAGGAUUUUCAUAACAGGAAUUAACCCCCAGGUGCCUAACGUUCUCAGAUGCCAAAACGUUCCCCGAUGGAUGCAGGUCUGAGCGGCCAGCUCUUCGAAUCUGUGGGUGAUGUUACUGUGUCGUUAAAACUGAACCCUUUACCUACAUCUAUGCAGUUGUUUGAAGAUGGGCUUGUCCUUUAGCUUUCCACAUUUUUAGGUGGGUGGGAAGGGAGACAGAUUAAGCAAUUUUUAAAAAUAUGCAUCAGUUUUAGCAAAGUGGGGUUGUGUUUUUCUGCAGGAGCUUAUAUGCAGAGAGAGGAAAGGGGUGUGAUUCUCUCGCCGUCAAUUGAUUUACAAACUUCACUUUUGGAGAGGAGUUUGUAAAUUGCAGUAUGUGAACAUCUAUGGAAAUCUAUGAAAUGUGUCCACAGUGACUUUUUUUACAUUGGAGGGGCGGGGACUAUUUCAGGAAUUGUGACAAGACCAGAAACCAGGGGCAGGGGGGUGGAUGCUAUCAGAGAUGAGGAGUUUUUCCUCUGUCCAGUUCAAGUAGCUUCUAUAGGGUGAAGAGAGUUCCCAUUGAGAAAGCAGCUAGCGAGGGCUCCAUUGCCUCUGUGGAAGGGCUGGAGGUUAUCUGUCUUUCAACACAAAAACCAGGUCGCAAAGAACAGAAGGGCUUUAAAGAGCACCAUGUAGUAUUUUACACAAGUAGAAAUGCAGGUGUGAAUGCGUAACCAAAGUUUGUCGUUGUGUGUAUAUAAAAGGCUGUAGCCUGAAAAUCUCUCUCCUAGCACAACCCCCAAUGCUCUUUAGAAUGGGCACAGUGUCCACUUGUACACUGCACAAGUUUUGUACAUUGCACAAGUUUUGAAAACUGACACAGAGCAGAGCUGGUCGGCCGGUACCCCUAAGCCCAAACAGCCGUCAUCAGCUGCUGCUCGAGCAGUUUUUCGUGUUUGUGUGUGCCCAAAGCUAUAUCAGUGAUGUAAAAACAGGAAGAAGAAUCAUAUCAUGGGGGUAGGACAUAGGGAGGGAUUGGGCCCCUUCUUCCUGGAAGCAUUCUGUUCCCUGAAGAGCUGGCUGCUUUGACACUUAAACAGCAUUUAUACAGGAUGCCACCCACCACCACCGCCGGCCACCAAUGUUUGGAGUGUGUUUGGCUAACUGAAAUCAAAAAUUGAGGGGCCAGCCAGACUUCUUUCUCGUGCAACAACAUGAUCAACAAUUGAUUUGUGAUGAAGUAGCCCUGUUGAGCUGGGAUCAACUUUUAAGCAAACCCGCAUAGCAUCUGCCAGCUGCUUGAGCCGUUGUGUCCUGUUUCACGGAGGCUUACGACAUCCCCCGGCGUUUCUGUAUUGCAACAACAGGAUAACUGUAUGGUACGUGAGAAGUUUGCGGUCAUUGGGAACUGCACCUUGAAAAGAGAAAAAAGUGCUCUUUUGUAUGCGUAACAGUCUUGUUCUGAAAGAAAAUACAGCACCUUGCACCUUAUUUGCUGUACAAAUUCUGUUGCCAAAAUGUUUAAAUUAAUCUGUAUAUUGGUAGUAUGUCCUUAAUGGCUAUACCUCAUUCCUUCUUUUUCAUGCUUGGCUGCCUGCGGGACACACUAAUCAUAUUAUAACUAAUAAGUAUAUUGUAUUUACAUUUACAUCUCCUCACUCCUCCCCCACCACGUGUAAAUUGUGAAAUCUGCCUAAACUGCCAGUUAUUAAAUACUUCUAAGCAAUCUUUGAGAUGCUUUAAAAAAAAGUCUGUUACCUCUUUGAAGUCCUUUAGAGUCAGGGAAAGGCUUGUGCGAUUGUGGGGUAAAGGUAAAGGUAAAGGUACCCCUGACCAUCAGGUCCAGUCGUGACCGACUCUGGGGUUGCAGCGCUCAUCUCGCUCUAUGGGCCGAGGGAGCCGACGUUUGUCCGCAGACAGCUUCCGGGUCACGUGGCCAGCAUGACAAAGCCACUUCUGGCGAACCAGAGCAGCGCACGGAAACACCAUUUACCUUCCCGCCGGAG